AUGGAAGACAAAUGUACAUCGAUUAACAUGGUACCAAGGGAAAAAGAUGAAAUGAUAUGCCAGCUGAGUGACUCGGAUCAACUACAACACCCAAAUGAUCUGAAACCGACGGCAGGCUUAAUGUAUAGAGGCACGGAGGUAAGAAUUAUCUGCUCUUCUUCAGCCUUGAUUACCCUUCAAGCGAUUUUCUUAAACCCUCUGCGAGUCCUCACCGAACCAGAUUGGGAGAAUUCAUAACAAAACUUUUCAAAUUGGAGCCUGAGAGCAUUGCAAUCGAAAAAAAAUUAAAAAUAAAGAUCGCUUUGGGUGCCCCGUAGGAUUCAUCGGCAUAGAUCGCUAUCGAUAACUACAGGCGUGUAAUGAAUCACCUGAUCAUCAUGCGCCGUUAGUUCAAAGUGUCUCAGCAAUUAUAGAUAUUCUGUAAUAAUCAGCGUGAAAGCUUUAAGAACCUUUAGCUAUAUUCUUUUCCACCAGAAUAAGUGCUACCUCAACAAGUGCUACAACAACGCAACUUGCCUGGUUGGAUUUACGGACAAGGGAUAUAAGUGUAUAUGUCCACCUGGAUACACAGGAGAACAUUGCGAAGGUAACGCUAGGCUGCGCGUGCGCUGUCAUAAUCAUGUUUACUAAUGCAUGUAUGCACCUCUAUUGUUUCCGUUUUGGUCUCGUCUCGUAUGUUCCUAAACGCCCUCUGAUGACUUGUGAGUCAUCUUACACACGUUGUGACCAAGUUGAAUUUGGAGUCUCUUUUAUUGUCAUAAAAUUACUCACGUGCCGUUUUGAACCUUUCUAUUUUGUUUUUCUUUAGUCUGCACUCGUUCAGGGUAAGUGUUUCCCUCUAAGAGACCUUCUGUUAGAGCUCAAAACCGACCAAACACUUAAACUACGGUUGCAAGGAAAGGUUUUUAAUGGCUACGGAAAAAAAACUGUACAGUGAAAUCUAUCCAUCUAAAUUUUUCCUCGCAUCAAAUUUAGCAGAUUCAUUAUCCUAUAUAAUUUUCUUGGUACUUGUCUAAACGUGACGAGUGUAUGAGUGUACGAGUGUAUCAAGAGCGUCAACGAUUUUCACAGACUUCUCAUGUGUAUAUUAUUGCCGAGGGUGCACUGGCUGCAGAUGUUAAAAGAGGAGGAAAGACCGCGGGAAAACGCGAAAUUACAUUGAAUUUCUAUUUACAAGCAACACAGGUAGCUCAAGCGUACCUUGCGCAAUUUUGGGGUUAAAAGGUCACUAACAAGAAUAUCUAAUUUAUACGCUGGAUAUGAAUAGGAGCCUCGUUUUCUGUUGGUAUUUAAUCAUUCUUCGAUUCACUGAGUCGAUAUUCCUUAAGUACUGAACGAUUGUGGGAUAAGUUUAGAUUGAAUUUAAGUCGUACGCGUCUGGCCUAAACAAAAUUAACUAAAAUAAGAUAAAUGAUAAUGUUAAUGAACGCGCCAUAACCGCCUUAUCUCUUCAGGUUAAUUUCAACAUUAUUUUGUCAACUAUGUUCGUACAAGGAAUUGUGCAUUAUAAAAGUAGGGAAGGAAGGUUACCUGAACCAAUCCCGGGCACCAACCGUGGUCAAUCCAAGAGCAAUAAAUUCCACAUAAGUCGUCUAAUCUCUUUCAAAUUGAACGAGUGCAGGAAAUAUCCGUAGAGGUGCUUUUCUGGUGACAGUAGUAAUACCUUAAAUGCUGUAUUACAGAUGUCGACGAAUGCCAAAAUGGUAUCCAUGAGUGCAUCAAGGAUGUGGCAACAUGUGUAAAUCAAUUUGGAUCCUACUAUUGCAUUUGUAACCAUGGAUACACGGGGGACGGAAAAACCAAUUGCAUACCUGAAGGUGAGUUAUUUUUAUCACGGACGAGAAAGAUAUGAGGAAGAUAAUCAUCGGAAAGGUUUAACUCAUAGAAUCAAUAUUUCUUCCAAUGGCUACAUCUCCCCUUUUCGCCUCUUGUUUUUAUUUAGUUCUUUCACAUGCUAAAGUAAAAAGUAACCAAAUUUGAGCUAACUUAAUUAAAGUACUAGAGCAUGUGCAGUUUUGGAUUGAGAGUCGUAAAGCCGAAACCAAAUAAAUCAAAAUCACUGACGACAGCCAACCACGAGAAAAGAAAAUACCUAUAAGAGCCAAUGAGAACUCAAAGUAAAAACAACCAAAUUGCUUGAAGAGGGGACGUCUUAAAGGUCGGUUUUAGUUUUUUUUCCUGAUUGGUUGAGAGAGUGUUGCGAGUUGUCUGAACCAAUCACGGAGCAAGGUAAAGCAAAACAACGUAAUCCGGGUUUCUCUGGACACUCCAUUGAAAGACAGUCUAAAAGAUAAAGGUAGCAUUUGUAGAAAUCAAUUUGCAAUUAAUGAUUACUUAGAAUGUCGAAGAUACACAAAAUUGACGGACAAGACCAGGAAAAACACGUACGUCACCAAAAACAAAAAAUGCGACAAUCACCUUGGUCCUGGCUGGUUUCGUUUCCAAGGAGACGCGGGAACCAAGAUGCCGACUACUUGUCAACCCAUGUCGAGAUGUGAUGCGUAUAAAACAGGUUGGCUGCGCGGCACUCAUCCAUCAGUGGCUGAAGGCGCAGUAAACAGAACAGUUUGCUUCCGACAUCAUAGUUGUUGU